AUGGGAACCCCAAUCUACUCCCCCUCCCCACGCCUCGACCGCUUCCAACAAUCUCUCGAAUCCGUCUACGGCCCCUUCACCAGCAUCCCAGACCCGAAUGCUUGGAUACCACCGCGCAAAUCUGGCGGCCAUCGCGGCCGCUAUCUCUGGACUGAUGCUUACGGGGUGCUGAACCUCCUCACCAUGCAUCGCGAGUACACGAAUACGCUGGAUCUCACAGCGAACACAUCUGAGAAGGAGAAAAAUCGGUAUCUGAUUAUGGCAGAACGGUUGGUUGAGGUUGUGCAUGAUGUUCUGGGGAAGACGAGGGAUGGGAUAAGUAGACUGCCUGGGGCUAACGAGGAGAAUGUGGUUGGUGGAGGGUUGCGGAUCGGGAAGGAAGAAGAGGGUGGGAUGGAUGGGGAUGGGCAGUAUCAUCAUUAUUUGACGGUGUGGAUGUUUGCGCUUAACAGAUUGUCCAUGGCGACUGGUGACCCUAAAUAUAACCGCCAAGCCGUGGCGCUAGCGAAAGCAAUUCAUCCGCGGUUUUUCGUGAAUCGGGAAUCUAACCGGCCGAGAAUGGUCUGGAAGAUGGCGAUGGAUUUAUCAGUGCCGCUUGUGCAGUCCGAGGGAAAUCUGGAUCCGAUUGAUGGGUUUGUUGUGUUUCGGUUGCUGCAGGCUGCUGCGGUUAGGUUUGAGGGGGCAGCUGGGGAGGGAGUGUUGAGCGAGGAGAUUGAUGAUUAUCAACGGGUUAUGGCCCGUAAAGGGGAGCAUUUUGUGUCGAGUGAUCCGUUGGAUUUGGGGAUGACGCUUUGGACUGCGCAUUGGUUUUCGGAAAGGGAGGAGUGGGCUGCUAGAUUGGCGGGGAGGUGUUUUGAGCAGCUUUACGACCUCUUUGAAAUAAAUCGGUACCUCGAACGAAACAUCAAAUACCGCCUCGCCUUCCGCGAAUUCGGCACCUCACUUGGCGCGCAGUGCCAGUCCCAGCAAUCAACCGAGAAAGAUCGCGCCGUUGAUCUGAAGCACUACGCGGAUGCGAUUAUCGCCGCAUGGGAUCCGUAUAUGGAGUUGACGAUGUCGUCGGAUUUGAUGCAUGAUGAUUUAAGGCCGAUCACGAGGGUUAUGUAUGCCACUGCGUUGAUGCCGGGGGCUUUUCAAUAUGGGUAUUUCGGUCCGGAACCCAAGUCGAUACUAGGGAAAUAA